CACAUCGAGCUCAGUAAGAUAGCCACCUUUCAUUUAUUAUCUAACCAUUUUUGUCCUAUGUAUUAUCUUCUUUAUACUUGUAAUAUGCUCAUCCAUAUGAAUUUUUCCUUUGGAAAAAUCUCCAAAUUGUAAUAGAAUAAAAAAAACAGAAUAAAUAUCCAAGAUAAUAUAUAUAUACAACCCUCUGCCAAGAAGAUUCUUUUGUUUCAUCGGCAAACUAGUUUUUACUCACAAAACACAUUACUCUUUUUCACUUUUAACGAGACUCAAACACAUAGAACAGAGUCAAAGAGAUCACUCUAAAUGUCAGGACGAUUUGGAGAUGACUAUGCAUUCGAUGACGAGAGAUCUUCCUACUACGGCGGAGCCUCCAUACCAUUCAUAUGGGAGUCAAGGCCAGGCACACCCAAAAACCACCUCUGCUCCGAUUCCUCUCUUCCUCUGCCGCUCACGCCACCUCCCUCAUAUUACUCCUCCGAGAUGUUGUCGACACCGAAGAGACAGGGCAAGGCGAGAACAAGAAUAAGUAAGUUUCUGUCCAUGUCCAUGUUCAAUGAUCUCAGGAGGAGCAAACACGGUAGUAAAAAGACGACCAGCUCAUCGUUUUCUUGGUCUUCUUCAUCUUCUUUUUCCUCCUCGCCACCACAUUCUUCGAAAAAACGAGUGAGUCAUGACAAAAAGUCGCCACUUCUGUACGCUAACUACAAAGAGGAUGAGCUUAGGUCGUCGCCUACCUCGACUCUGUGUUACUCCAAUGGUGAAAGAAAUGGAUGUAGCUCUUCAAUGGGGAGUCUGAAGAGAGUUCUGUUCUCCGGAUCAAUGGAGAGUCUGAAGAGACAUGGAACUGGUUAAGCUCUCAUCACCAACGACAAGAAUAAAGCUUGAUUAUGUGAACGACUGAAUCUAUGCUCUGUUGUUCAUGUUGUUCUAUGAGCUGCUUUGUUGUCUCAUUGAACAGACAGUGUUAUAGUGCUCGAUGUGUGAAUGCAACUGUAUUACGUGUAUAUAUAGCUUGUAUUGUGGACAGGCUUUUUGUCAAUUCAUGUAUAUCUUGAACCAAGAACGUUCUCCCACUGAAACGAUGUCAAAUAUUAUAAACCGA